AACCACGCCUAUGACUACCACUCCAACCACUUCAAUACCCAGUAGCACUAUAAGUAUCACCUCCCCUACAACCACCCUAACCACUAGUACACAACCUCCUUCAACCUCAAUGACGACACCAAUAAAGAGCACCAGUGCUUCAACACAUGAAAUACCAUCAAGCCACAGGACCCCAUCAGUUUCAUCCACGUCUCCCUCUUCUACUACGAGGACCACAGAAUCAACUCAUAGUGCAACCACUCCAAUGCCAAAAAACCACAACAGAAACCUCUCCUAUUACUCUGCCAACCUCUACCUCCACAAAAUCGACACCAAGUAGUACACCCAUCCCGACAACCAUGACCUCCACCCAA